AUGCCAGCCAAGCGCAUACCGAGGGCCCCCUUCGUCUCAAGUGCAGAGGUCACUGUAGGCAGCCUGAUCACCAGUAUCAAGGAGCCCAAACUGGGCGCCCAAGGGUGCCCCUGGCCUCUCGGGAGAAUCGAGGACUAUGCGGUCAGAUCUGUACCCGACAUGUAUGCUGUUACUCAGCCCACAAAAGAACCAGGGCUCUCUGCUUCGGUUUCCCGCCUAUUCAAGAAACCCAGUGACAGCUCUGUGGGUAGCAACGAUAUGCCCCCAACAGGCGGCAAGAUAUACACACUCAAAAAUCCGAGGGAGCUUUUCCAUAAUCUCAAGGGAGAAAAGGGCGUGCGAAAAUGGCUGCAACAACGGAUUGCGGAUAAAGUGGAUGUGUACCUGCUGGAGGGACUUGCCACGUUAGAAGGAAGUUCUUCGGUUUGCUACAUGAAUAGUGAGAAUAGCUAUCCGGCGCAGGGAGAGCUGAUCUGCGCAAUACGCGUUUUGAAAGUUGUUUUCAAGCCUUUUCGGACGAAAAGUAUCGAAUAUGCGCGGUCGGAGAAGGACAGCUCUUGGGUGGUAUUCUCGGACGGCAAGCCGUUGCACCCUCCGGCAGCGGAAUGGGUCGAAGUGACCUCGAACGGAAAGGCGAGUAGCCUAGGGAGCCGGAAUCAUCAAGCUGUGGGAAGCAAUGGGCACGCUGGGGUGUGUACCUUCGAUGAAGACCGUAUUGAGCAGAUCAGGGGUUCGCGUGACGAAGUGAGUUGGUUCUCGGAUGAUUCUUAA